AAUUCCUAGCAACCUUCAGCCUGCCCAGGAGAUAACAUGCCAAUUGUUUUGAUUGUGCCUGGCUAGGUCUGAUCGCGGAUGUGCGCGGUGGAUGCGCUCGACGCUCGGUUGCUCAUGCCUGCCUCAUUUUCAAGUUUUCAGGCAAUGGUAACAAAGAGUGGCUCUAGUAGUGAGCUGGGAAUAGUGAGCCAGUCGUGUCCUGUGUUGAGGAACCCAGAUGUUAUUAGGAAGCACCUCUGCUAACAGAAGUAUCUGCCCUUUGUCUCUCCAAUGUCCUCUGUCUGAGUUUUAGCUUGUUCCUGCCCUCGCCUGAGACUGAUUUCCCCGGUGCCAGUAUAUCUGAAUGCCAAGCUCCAAAUGAUUAUAAGCACCCCCCAGAGGCUGAGCGCAGCAGGAGAUCUUCUGAUUGGGAGUUCAUACGCUGCCAACACUUCAGCUAUGGUCACCCAGAGCCACAUCACAGAGGCCACUACCUGGAUUCCAGGGGACAGGAAGCGUGCCCGAGAAUUUAUAGAAUCGGACUUUUCUGAAAGUAAAAGAAGCAAAAGAGGAGAGAAGAGUGGAAAGGGCCUGCGGCAUUUCUCCAUGAAAGUGUGUGAGAAGGUUCAAACCAAAGGGACCACAUCCUACAAUGAAGUAGCAGAUGAGCUGGUGGCGGAAUUCACUAACUCUGCCGGUCACAUGCCCACUGAUUCUGCCUAUGACCAAAAAAACAUCAGGAGGAGGGUAUAUGAUGCCCUGAAUGUUCUGAUGGCAAUGAAUAUUAUUUCCAAAGAAAAGAAAGAAAUUAAGUGGAUUGGGUUACCCUCUAACUCAGUCCAGGAGUGUGAAACUUUGGAGAUGGAGAAGCAAAGAAGAAUAGAACGCAUUAAACAGAAAAGUGCCCAACUACAAGAGCUGCUCCUGCAGCAAAUUGCCUUUAAGCACCUUGUUCAGAGGAAUAAACAGAACGAGCAGCAAAGCCGUUGCCUCCCUGCUGGAAAUUCCACCAUAAAAUUACCCUUUAUCAUUGUGAACACCAGCAAAAGGACUGUCAUUGACUGCAGCAUAUCCAGUGACAAGUUUGAAUACCUUUUUAAUUUUGACAAUGCCUUUGAAAUUCACGAUGACAUUGAAGUCUUGAAAAGAAUGGGAAUGUCAUUUGGGCUUGAGUCUGGAAAGUGCACAUCAGAGAACCUGCGGCUCGCUAAAUCCUUUGUGCCCAGAGCCCUGGAAGGAUACGUCACAGAAAUGGCUACAGGAAGCUCAUGGGCAGAUCAGAGUUUUAAUUCACAGACUGCUCUUUCUGCAGUGAACCCAGCUGGCAUCACCACAAACUCCCAGGCAAGCUUAACUUCGGGCUUGUACUUUGACUCAGAGGUGUCCCUAACCACCAGCAGUCACCAUUCCAGCUCAGGAACGUCACACUACACAGAGUCACGAGGGGAGACCCCCUGCUGGUUUGACGACGAUGAAGAUGAUGAAGACGACUCAUCCUCCAUGGAGUAGGAAAGCAGACAGACGCGAUUGUGCGUGUAGGGGUCAUUAUGCCAAUGCUGUCGGAUCUUCCAUCCCAGCGGGAGGAAUAGAAUAAAGUGCUGUCCUCGAAUUUCUCAACCAAUCAGAUUUAUAUUGUAGUGAACAAAAACUCCAAACCCUUCAAUCAACAAGAUGGUGUCUCUUCAGAUUGGAUGUCCCCGUAUUAAUUGUUUAUUCUUUUUUUAUUUUGUUGAAGAAAGGAAGUUUUUCAGACUUGAUUCUUUUGGAUCAAAAAAAAGUGACUGUGAUUUUUCUUUCCAUUAUGAAACUGGUCGGUCCCACCAAGGCCUGCAUCAGUGAAUACACAGAGUCCUGCCAGGGAGGAUCCACUGAGAGCUUUACCCAUUGCCAGUAACAUAGGAGGGUGUCCUGCUAUCUGUGAUCAGAGACUGCUGCUAUUGUGUGAUUGCUGCAAUGAUUGGGGGGGAAAUCGGGAGAGAAGAACCACAUAACUGUCUGUAACCCUUAAUGUUACACGUGCUAAACACUGGAAGGUUUCUCUUGGAGAGAGAAGAUGGAAAACCAAAUGUAUGUUGGGCUAUUCUGUCUCAAAGGGAGCAGUUUGUAUCCAACAAAGAUACCUUAAUUCAUUAUUCAGAGUAUGGGGAAUUUAGCCUUACAAGUCAUUUGCUUCAGUUGCUUAGGCUCUCCAAAGCCUCAUUUCUUCAGUGAGGGGAGAACGGGUGCUGUGGGGAUUGGCUGGAAGUUAAGGCCAUUUGUUGUAACUUUUGACUUCUUGAAAGGUCCUUGUGUAAUUGGCUGCUUUCUAAACACCCAGCUCCUCAGUGUCCUUUGGCUUUCUAGCCUCCUUGUGCUGAAGAGAUUGGUGAUGGGUAUGUUAUAUGACUAUACAUCCAAUGAGAUCUGCCAGCGAGUGUUGCAUUUUGAGCUAAACUUUCCCUGUCUGAUAUGAGCAAAUCCAUGGGUCUUACAUUCAGUAAGUCCUGUUAAUGAAAUCUGAAGAUAUAUAUUUGUUUGUAUAAUAAAAGUUGUGGCUUGCACUCUACAAGAGGAAUUUAUGAGAAAAGAACCCCACCCUGUAGCCAAACUCAUCCCUGCACUCAGCAGGUCACCAGAGUUUUGCAGGAGAUGAGUUUACUUGGAGGGUAGCUUCAUCCCUUCUGCUUGAGCCUUCUUCAGAAAACACCAUUGGGUUCAGCGUGGUGGGACCUUCUGCUGAUCUGCUGGUAAUGAUUCUGCUUUCCCAUGCAUUGGAAUUAUAGAUCUUUAAAGAUCCAUGGAGAAUGGUCUCUGGCUGGCUGGUGCCUUGAUUUGGAUUACCAGCUAUAGCAGUGUUACUAAACUUUAUCAAACUGACCCAGAUGAAUUGGUUAAGGAUUAAUUGUGUAUUUUUUAAUUUGUCUGAACUGUUGUAAGUAAUGUAGCUCUAAAGAAGGGUGGCGCAGCCUAAACAGCCUGGUGACCCAUUUUUGGAUCCUGAGGUAUUGUAUCAGCAAAGGAAUAUGAUUGUCAUUGUAGGCAUUCAGCGGGGCACAGGCAGUUAUCUACUCAAGGGGCAAUGUGCUAGCCUAAGGUCUAUGCUCCCCAAUGCCUCUGGCCAUUCAGCAAAAGCAGAAUUCAGUGUACAAAGUGCAAAAAAAGUAAAUAACUCAUAAUGUCACUUCCUGUCCCACCUCACUGCCUAGAGAGCAGUUAUGACUGCAGCAGAGAAGGAGUGCACAGAUAAUGUCACUUCCUGUUCCACCCCACUGCCUAGAGAGCAGUUAUGACUGCAGCAGAGGAGGAGUGCACAGAUAAUGUAAUUUCCUGUUCCACCCCACUGCCUAGAGAGCAGUUAUGACUGCAGCAGAGAAGGAGUGUACAGAUAAUGUCACUUCCUGUCCCACCCCACUGGCUAGAGAGGCACUUAUGAGUGCAGCAGAGGAGGAGUGUACAGAUAAUGUCACUUCCUGUCCCACCCCACUGGCUAGAGAGGCAUUUAUGAGUGCAGCAGAGGAGGAGUGCACAGACAAUGCCACUUCCUUUUCCACCCCAUUGGCUAGACAGCAGUUAUGACUGCAUUAGGCAAUGUGCAAUUCCCUGUCCAACCCCACUUCCCAUCAGUCCUCACUAAGCAAGGGAUGUAGAGGGGUGAGCAUGCGAUAUAAGCAGGAGGUUAUGCUUUUUUCUGAGAGAAAUGCACUUUUUCAGUAUUAUCCAUCUAUUUACCUUUUGAGUCCUUGGGCAGGCUGAGCGCCAUGUGUCUGUCUCUCACCAGCUUGCUGUUUUAAAGUCUAGUUGCCAUUUUCAUUAACUCUAGCAGCCCCAAAAACAGCAGAGAGUAAGCCCUAGAAACCAGUGAGUUGUUUAAAUAAGAAGAAAAGGUUCAGUCACAGGGGAAGGUGGGUGCCAAAUAUUACCCCCAGCCGGUGCUACUGUUAGCAGAAACUACACCAGCUUGGGGUACAUUUGAGAUCCUCUUCUUGGUUCUUUCUUUGAAGAACAAAAGAAGAGUAUCGCUGGUUUGCUUGUACCCUGGGCUGGUUAUCAGGUAAGUGAUUACAGUCACUGGGGGUGCCUAACAUUUAGCACCCCAAACACCCCCCCCCCCCCCAGGGAUUUUAUCAUUCCUUUUACAAAGUGCUGCAGAAAAAAAAUCUAAAUAAUUCAGAAACCAUGAAAAUGAAGGCCAGUUGCCAAUUGUCGUAGAAUACUACUGCCUACCUCAUAGUAAAAUGUCAUUUUAAGUUGAAGGAUAAAAGGAUAGCUACCCAAAUGAACUGUAUCAUGGAAGCCAAACCUGUGGCCUUGGAGCUAAACCACAACUCCCAGCAUUCUCGAAAUAACAGUUCACCUAUUUUUGUAGUAUUUAUAUAUUGGCUGUAUGCCUCUGCUUGUAGUAGAGCCGCUGUAUGUGUGCAGGGGGCAGUGAUUGGUUGGGAUAUUCUGAGAAUGGCUGGUAAGUGGGAAGAGUAUAAUAAAAGUAGUGAGGGACACAUAGGUGCAUGGGUGCAGACGUCUUCCUUAGCAAAGAUAAGAUAUUAAUAUAUGAUCUAGAUUGCAAUGGAGAUAUUUUGUAGGUUUCCAGCUGCCGCAUAACUAAAACACCUAAGACAGUUACAAAUAUCUCUGCUAUCUCUGAUCUCCCUGCUUUGAGUCUAUUUUCCCUUUAAAGUCAUGCCUUGUUGAGCAAUGCCACCUGUCACUAGGCAGGACAAGGUGUCAUUGCAGCAUUUAUUUCAAUGAGGGCAGAGAUUUGCACCUGUGGUGACAAAGACUAGAAACUAGUUAAUGUUCCAUUACCCUGGGCCUUGGCAGCACACCACUGUCUGGUUGGAGAACCCCCCGGCCAGAUUGUGCUGAGUAAAUACCAAGUCUGUAUAUGGAGUAUAUGGAUCACAUAGGAAUUUCGGAGCAGUAGUGUCUUUCCCUUUUUCUAUUGUGAUGUCCCCUAACGCAAAAGGGGCAGAUAUUUAGUUCCCAGCAGAAGCAGCCUGCCUAUGUGUGGGCAGCUUAGCAUGGUUUUUGGUGAAAUCUCAACAGAUUUGAACGUAGCCAAUAAUUGCCCUGGAUACACAGAGAGGUGAGCUUGAGUACAAAGUUGCCAUUUUUGCUUGAAAGCCCAGAAUCUAUGGUGCCAAACAGAAGAACAGGGGCAGAGCCAGUGCCUUGAGCCCAUUGUGGGGCUUUAACUGAUGACCAGUUUAUGGAUUUGCUUGCAAUAUAUAUUUUAUCUUUGCCAAGGUCUGGGGGGGCCUUCCUCUUUAUAUCUGCUUUAAAACCUAUUGGCAGGAGUUGCUAUACUACCGGCUAAAGCAUUAUACAUAGAGAGCAACAGAGCGGCACCUCUAGGCCCUAUACAGCUAUGGUACUGAUUCUGUUGGUAUUAGCCCAGCCAUUGCACAUACUACUCAUGAAUACAUGCAAUAUACAUACUGAGAUCAAAUGGGUCACAGUAAUUGGCAUCCAUGAAAAGCAGUCAGUUGGGGUCAUUAAUCAACACUGGGCAAAUUUGCCCGUGGCAGUUACCCAUGACAACCAAUCAAAUUAUUCAUUCAUUAUUUUACCUGCAGCUGACUGAGAAAAGCCAAUCACUUGUUGGAUGCUAUGGGUUACUGCCAAUGUGCAAAUUUGCUCAGUGUUGAUAAAUGAGCCCCAGUGAGCCUAAACCCCCUGUAUGUUACUGUGGCAUCCAUUGCACUUCACUGUAUGCUGCAGACUAAGUCGGAUUUCUACUUUAGAGCGUUGGGCUCUAUGUGUAUGAGCAUCAUACAGUUUACAGCUAAAGCUGCCAUACAGAUCCCCAUUUCUCUCUCUUCAUAUAAUCGUGCUUAGUUCAGUUAGCUUGUACACAUAACGGGGGGCCCGUGGUGUUGGUCCAGCCUGAUUGGCUGGCAGGCAGAUGGGAAAUGGUUGUUAGUAGGUAGGGCAUCGAUAGUGGCAGGGGGCUUCCCUAGUUUGUUCUGCCUGAGUAGUUAGGAGAAUGUAAAUAUAUAAUAUAUAUAAAUGAUUUUUAUAUGUGACUUGAAACAAGGGGGGGGUGUAAUGAACUACAGGAAGGAAUACUCCAACAGUUGUAUUUUAUUUUUCCUUUACUGUUAUUUUCUGCCAAGGUUCCCAUGGGGUAAAAAAAAGCCGCCCCCCCCCCACCUUCCAUAUUGUAUCAAGUGCCCCCUGCAAUAUCAGGGUUGGGUUGAAUGAAAGGAGCUGCCAUACUGAAAUAUUUCUCUCUCUGCCAAUAAAAUGUGGCUUUACUAGUUAUCUAUGGCCAGUGUGAUGAAGAUUAUUAUUAUUACUAUUAUUAUUAUUAUUAUUAAGGCCUUUUGGAUUAGGGGGUCUCGGCGCUGAUUAGGGGGUCAGUGGGGCUUGCUCCGGACCCUACAGGAUUUGUAUGCUGUACAUUCUCAUUAUCUUUUCAUACACAGAGUCCAUGUAACAUACUUAAUGUUUAUCUCAGUAAAGCAUAUUUUUGUUUUCAUAA